AAGAAAACGAGUGCCACGAACGGGCCAAUCAGAAGGGAGUGGCGCGGGGUUUAAACCUGAGCCGGCUGGCUCCUCCCGGCGUGCUGCGGGGGAACGGCUGUUGACCUCCAGUGCGGUGUGUGUCGAGGCUGUCCUGGGGCUCCGGUGUUCUGCUUUUUCCCGGUGAAGAGGAAGCCAUGGCGCUCCGAGUCACCCGGAACACAAAAAUUAACACUGAAAAUAAGGCUACGCUCAGUAUGGCAGGCGCUAAGCGUGUACCCGUGGCUACUGCAGCAGCCUCCAAGCCAGGUUUGAGGCCAAGAACAGCUCUUGGAGAUAUCGGUAACAAAGUCAGUGAGCAGCUGCAAGCCAGAGUGCCUCUGAAAAAGGAAGCAAAAACUUCAGCGACUGGAAAAGUUAUGGCUAAAAAACUACAGAAACCUCUGGAAAAGGUGCCCGUGUGUGUGCCAGAACCAAAACCUGAACCUGAGCCUAUUAAGGAAGAAAAACUUUCUCCUGAACCUAUUUUGGUUGACACUCCCUCUCCAAGCCCCAUGGAGACCUCUGGCUGCGCUCCUGCAGAAGAAGACCUAUGUCAGGCUUUCUCUGAUGUCAUUCUGGCUGUGAGUGAUGUGGAUGCGGAAGAUGGAGCAGAUCCAAACCUCUGUAGUGAAUAUGUGAAAGAUAUCUAUGCUUAUCUCAGGCAGCUUGAGGAAGAACAGUCAGUCAAACCAAAAUACCUGCUGGGUCAAGAGGUCACUGGAAACAUGAGAGCCAUCCUAAUUGACUGGCUAGUACAGGUUCAGAUGAAAUUCAGGUUGCUGCAGGAGACUAUGUACAUGACUGUUUCCAUUAUUGACCGGUUCAUGCAGAAUAGCUGUGUGCCUAAGAAGAUGCUACAGCUGGUUGGAGUCACCGCCAUGUUCAUUGCAAGCAAAUAUGAAGAAAUGUACCCUCCAGAAAUCGGUGACUUUGCUUAUGUGACUAACAGCACUUACACUAAGCACCAGAUCAGACAGAUGGAAAUGAAGAUUCUCAGAGUUUUGAACUUUGCUCUGGGUCGCCCACUCCCCCUGCACUUCCUUCGUAGGGCAUCUAAGAUUGGAGAGGUUGAUGUUGAGCAACAUACUUUGGCCAAAUACCUGAUGGAACUGUCUAUGUUGGACUAUGAUAUGGUGCACUUUCCUCCUUCUCAAAUUGCAGCAGGAGCUUUUUGCUUAGCACUGAAAAUUCUUGAUAAUGGUGAAUGGACACCAACUCUGCAGCAUUACCUGUCGUAUACUGAAGAGUCUCUUCUUCCCGUCAUGCAGCACCUGGCUAAGAAUAUAGUCAUGGUGAAUCAUGGGCUUACGAAGCACAUGACUAUCAAGAACAAGUAUGCUACAUCGAAACAUGCUAAGAUCAGCACUCUCCCGCAGCUGAACUGUGUAUUAGUUAAAGAUUUGGCCAAGGCUGUAGCAAAAGUGUAACUUGUAAACUUCAAAACUCUAUCCACAAAUAAAAUUGGCACCAUGUGCCACUUGUACAUACUAUACUGCAUGCGAGACUUUAAUAAAGAUUGUUGGGGCAUUUUUAUUUUUCAUACCUUCA